UGCAGAUCAUCUCCAGUUCUCCUGACUCGCUCAGAUCCUGACUCGUCCAGAUCCAGACUCUCCAGGAUGUCUUUUACCUCCAGAUCCUACAGACAGGGGUCCAUCCGCCAAACUCUGAGUGUCUACGGUGGAGCGGGGGGUCGUGACACCCGUAUCUCCACAUCCCAGAUCGGUGGCUCACAAUAUUUAAAUGGCUUCGGUCUCACUGAUGGACUUGACCUUGACCUCCAUGUUGAUGCCAACGAGAAGUUCAUGCUCCAGAAUUUGAAUGACCGUCUGGCCUCCUACAUUCAGAAAGUCCAUUCAAUGGAAAAGGAGAAUGAGCGACUCGAAAAGCAGAUCAAAGAAUGGUACUCAAGUAAAACUGUGAUCACCCGUGAUUACAGCAGCUACUUCGCCACCAUCGCUGACCUGCAGAAUAAGAUCCGAGAUGCUACUACAUUCAAUGCCAAGCUCUACUUGGAGAUUGACAAUUCAAAACUGGCUGCUGAUGAUUUUAAAACAAAGUACGAGAACGAGCUGAGCAUGAAGCAGGCUGUGGAGGCUGACAUCGCUGGAUUGAAGAAGAUCUUUGAUGAUCUUAAUCUGGUAAAAAUGGAUUUGGAGAGUCAGUACGAGUCACUGAAGGAUGAACUCAUCAUGCUUAAGAAGAACCACGAGGAGGAAAUGAGCAUGCACAGGAACUCGAAGGCUGGCGGCAUUUCCGUGGAGUGUGAUGCCCCUCCUUCCAUAGACCUAAACAAGGUCAUGGAAGAGAUCAGGGAACACUACGAGGGAGUUAUUGCCAAGAAUCGUAGGGAACUCGAACAAUGGUACCAGAGCAAGAUAACGGUGGUGGAGAAGGUUGCAGAGGACAAUUCAUCCAGCCUUGGGGCAUCCCGCCUUGAGAUUAAAGAACUGAAAAGUACCUUGCAGAGACUUAAAAUUGAGCUUCAGUCCCAUUCGAGUAUGAAAUAUUCUCUGGAAGCAACUGUGCGAGAGACUAACGAACGCUAUGCAGCCCAGCUAGCAGGUCACCAGGCCGUGAUCAAAGGCUGGGAGGCUCAGAUUUUAAAUAUCACCAACAGCAUCACUGAAAUGCAACUGAAGUACGGCACGCUUCUGGAUCUCAAGACCCGUCUGGAGGCAGAGAUUGUAGAGUACAGGAGGCUGCUAGAAGGGGAGAUUGCCAGUGAAAGCUCAAGGCAAGUGGUUACAAAGACCAUCACUGUGGAAGAGAUCUAUGUGAAUGGAAAAAAGGUGGACUCCUCCAAGAGUGUUGAUGUUGAUGUGAAUCAGAUCAAGUGAAAAUAAAUCAGAAGAGUCAGUAAAUUCAAUAAAGAUCCUGCAGUUGAAAAAA